AGCGCUCUCUGGCAACCUCAGUCCCUUCUGCCCGUGCUGGUGCUAAUGGCAACAUGAAGAGAAACAUGUCGGCGUUCGCUUUCUAUAAAACAGCCGCGAAACAGUCUGAACAGACGCAGGUUUCUGCUCCGCAGGUCAAGAAGAAGAAAAGAAAGGAGAAUGGCGCAGCACCGGCUGUGACGGCCAAGAAAAAAAAGAUGAAAAAGGGCCCCGUGGACAAAAAGAUGAUGGAGCAGGAGAACCAGGAGCGAAGUAGCGACAGACAGCAGUGUCCAUCAAACGGGACUGGAGGAGUGGGUGCUGAGGUGCUUCACGCGCUCCUCACCGACCUGACGAAAGUCAACAACAGCAGGGAGAGAGCCAGCCGGCUGUUUCAGUGGCUGAUCUGUCCAAAUCAAGACAAAACCUUCUUUAGAGACUGUUGGGAGAAGAAGCCGCUGUUGAUCAGACGCCAGAAUCCAGACUAUUACCAGGGACUUUUCUCAACAGCUGAGUUUGAUCGCAUUUUAAGAACUGAUGAUGUCCAGUAUGGAGUCAACCUUGAUGUGACGAGCUACACAAACGGCAAAAGAGAGACACACAAUCCUCCUGGAAGGGCUCUGCCGUACACAGUGUGGGAUUUCUAUGAGAGUGGAUGCUCUCUCCGCAUGCUGAACCCUCAGGCUUUCUCUUCCACUGUAUGGAACGUUCUGUCCAUCCUGCAGGAGAAGUUCGGGAGCAUGGCAGGAGCCAAUGUGUAUCUGACUCCAGCAGGAACACAAGGCUUUGCUCCUCAUUAUGAUGAUAUAGAAGCAUUUAUUGUGCAGUUAGAAGGGAAGAAACACUGGAGAGUGUAUAACCCACGGUCCAAAGAUGAAGCUUUGCCUCUCGUGCCGAGUCCUAAUUUCAGUCAGGCAGAGAUUGGGAAGCCCAUACUGGACGUUGUUCUGGAAGCGGGUGACCUGCUGUAUUUACCCAGAGGUUUCAUUCACCAGGGUGACUGUCUGCCCGACGCUCACUCGCUGCACAUCACCAUCUCCUCCUUCCAGAGGAACAGCUGGGGUGACCUUCUCCUCAAGGUCAUGCCGGCAGCUUUGGAAAUGGCGAUGGAGGAAGACGUGGAGUUUCGAAAGGGUCUGCCGAUUGAUUACCUCACUUUCAUGGGGGUACAGAACUCUGACAAGGAGGAUCCACGCAGAGAUACAUUUGUGUCCCACGUGGAGGGCUUGAUAAAGAAGCUCAUGUCGUACGCUCCAGUGGACGCUGCUGUGGAUCAGAAAGCCAGAGAAUUCCUCCAUGACUGUCUUCCACCUGCGCUUUCUGAAGAGGAGAAAAGCAGUAGUGUGUAUGGAGCGUCUGCUCGGUGGGAGGAUGGAGAAGCUGUGGAUGUGGCUGUACGUAUGAAGGGUCAGACCAAAAUCAGACUCAUCCGGGCAGGAGUUGCCAGACUGUGCAGUGAUGGAGAGGCUGUUCAUCUUUACUACACAACGGAGAACUCUAGAGUUUACCAUAAAGAGGAACCCAAGAGCAUUGAGAUUAAAGCAGAGCACACAGACGCUGUGGAGUUCCUGAUCCACAAUUACCCAAAAUUUGUCGCAGUGGCUAGUUUACCGUGCGACUCCGCAGAAGACAAGGUAUCAUUGGCGGAAUUGCUGUUUGAGAAAGGAAUAAUCCACACGUCUGAACCUUUGACGACCAAAUGAAGUUCAUUUGUUGGCUAUAAAUGAAAUGUGAUCAGAAAAAAAACUGUUCUAACUUGUUCUCUGUUAUGAAAAAAAAGUACUGCCAUUUCAGUGAAAUAAGAAUGUAAGAAUAAAAUUCAGCAUAUUUGAUGCA